AUGAUAAGGGAUGACUACAGAGGGUGGGCGUGGACGAGGGCGCUGCUGGGAGUGCAAGCAGCAGAGGUGUACGCGUGUGGCGACCCCUCCAUGAUCAGUGACGAUUACCGCGGAUGGGCGUGGACCAGGGCCCUCCUGGGAGUGCAAGCAGCGGAGGUGCACGUGUGUGGCGACCCCUCCGUGCUGCCCCUCUUGCGAGCCAUCUGUGACGCCACUGGGGACGCCUUCGAAUGCCACCAUUACCACCGCUUUGCACCGCUCACAGUGGACCAGACGAGCUUGCUGGGUGAUCUGGGGCGGGUAUCACCUGGUGACUGCAUUGUGGCGUUCUCGCGGCGAGAGAUAUUCGAAAUCAAGCGAGCGGUGGAGAUGACCACAAAGCACCGGUGCUGUGUGGUGUACGGGGCACUGCCGCCAGAAACCAGGAGGCAGCAGGCGAGGCUGUUCAACGAGGAGGAGAGUGACUUCCGUGUGUUGGUAGCUUCAGACGCUAUCGGAAUGGGGCUCAACCUGUCCAUUCGGAGGGUUGUCUUCAGCACGCUUCACAAGUUCAAUGGGGAGGAGAAGAUCAUCAUCCCGUCGCCCAUGGUGAAGCAGAUCGCCGGGAGGGCGGGCAGGAGGGGAAGCCGGUACGAGGAGGGGGUGGUGACAUGCCUGGACCCCACCGACAUGCCGUUGCUCAUCGCUGCUCUGCAGGAGCCAGUCGAGCCCACCACGGCUGCUGGCCUUUUUCCUCUCUUUGAACAGGUGGAGGUGUUCGCCAGUCAGCUGCCUGACGUGUCCUUUGCAAGGCUGUUUGACAGAUUCGUGGAGACAUCGAAGCUAGACGGCACCUACUUUCUCUGCCGCACUGACAACAUCCGGCGUGUGGCAACCAUGCUGGACAAGAUCAAGGGUCUGACCCUCCGCGAUCGCUUUGCCUUCUGCUCAGCACCAGCCAAUGCCAGAGACCCCACCGUGAUGGCCGCCCUCCUGAGAUUCGCCCACCAGUAUGCCGAGGGCAAGCCCGUGCCGCUUUUAUCGGGUGGACGGGGCGAGGAGGAGAAAUUGGGGGACGAGGAGAGGAGUGGAGGAUGGGAGGGGGGCAAGGGGAGGCCGGGGGGAGAUUCGGCGGGCCAAUGGGUGCGCGGCACGUGGCAGAGAACUGCUGCUUCGGAUCUCAUGGCAUUGGAGACAAAGCACCAGGUGGCAUCGCUCUAUCUCUGGCUGUCCUAUCAGUUUCCCAAAGGCGCCUUCCCGGACGCUUCCCUCGCGACAGACAAGGCUCAGAACGCGGCCAAGCAGCUCUCCACGGCUCUCCUCGAGGCUCGGACGCCGAACCUGAGCAGCAGCUUCGGCAAGCCAGGCUCGUGCGAGGCUGAAGUGGAGUGCAGGGAGGAGGAAGGUGCACGUCUGCAACUUGUACUCCUGUUUUAA